AUGGGAGAAGGGGGUGGAAUCACGGAGAAGGGGAUGGAAUCUGGGAGAAGGGGGUGUUAUCUGGGAGAAGGGGGUGGAAUCUGGAAGAAGGGGAUGGAAUCUGGGAGAAGGGGAUGGAAUCAGGGAGAAGGGGAUGGAAUCUGGGAGAAGGGGAUGGAAUCUGGGAGAAGGGGAUGGAAUCUGGGAGAAGGGGAUGGAAUCAGGGAGAAGGGGAUGGAAUCUGGGAGAAGGGGGUGUUAUCUGGGAGAAGGGGGUGGAAUCUGGGAGAAGGGGAUGGAAUCUGGGAGAAGGGGAUGGAAUCUGGGAGAAGGGGAUGAAAUCUGGGAGAAGGGGAUGGAAUCUGGGAGAAGGGGAUGGAAUCUGGGAGAAGGGGAUGGAAUCUGGGAGAAGGGGAUGGAAUCUGGGAGAAGGGGAUGGAAUCUGGGAGAAGGGGAUGGAAUCAGGGAGAAGGGGAUGGAAUCUGGGAGAAGGGGAUGGAAUCUGGGAGAAGGGGAUGGAAUCUGGGAGAAGGAGAUGGAAUAUGGGAGAAGGAGAUGGAAUCUGGGAGAAGGGGGUGGAAUCUGGGAGAAGGGGAUGGAAUAUGGGAGAAGGGGAUGGAAUCUGGGAGAAGGGGAUGGAAUCUGGGAGAAGGGGGAUGGAAUAUGGGAGAAGGGGGUGGAAUCACGGAGAAGGGGAUGGAAUCUGGGAGAAGGGGGUGUUAUCUGGGAGAAGGGGGUGGAAUCUGGAAGAAGGGGAUGGAAUCUGGGAGAAGGGGAUGGAAUCAGGGAGAAGGGGAUGGAAUCUGGGAGAAGGGGAUGGAAUCUGGGAGAAGGGGAUGGAAUCUGGGAGAAGGGGAUGGAAUCUAGGAGAAGGGGAUGGAAUCUGGGAGAAGGGGGUGUUAUCUGGGAGAAAGGGGUGGAAUCUGGGAGAAGGGGAUGGAAUCUGGGAGAAGGGGAUGGAAUCUGGGAGAAGGGGAUGAAAUCUGGGAGAAGGGGAUGGAAUCUGGGAGAAGGGGAUGGAAUCUGGGAGAAGGGGAUGGAAUCUGGGAGAAGGGGAUGGAAUCUGGGAGAAGGGGAUGGAAUCUGGGAGAAGGGGAUGGAAUCAGGGAGAAGGGGAUGGAAUCUGGGAGAAGGGGAUGAAAUCUGGGAAGGGGAUGGAAUCUGGGAGAAGGGGAUGGAAUCUGGGAGAAGGGGAUGGAAUCUGGGAGAAGGGGAUGGAAUCUGGGAGAAGGGGAUGGAAUCUGGGAGAAGGGGAUGGAAUCUGGGAGAAGGGAUGGAAUCUGGGAGAAGGGGAUGGAAUCUGGGAGAAGGUGAUGGAAUCAGGGAGAAGGGGAUGGAAUCUGGGAGAAGGGGGUGGAAUCUGGGAGAAGGGGGUGGAAUCUGGGAGAAGGGGAUGAAAUCUAGGAGAAGGGGAUGGAAUCUGGGAGAAGGGGAUGGAAUAUGGGAGAAGGGGAUGGAAUCUGGGAGAAGGGGAUGGAAUCUGGGAGAAGGGGAUGGAAUCAGGGAGAAGGGGAUGGAAUCUGGGAGAAGAGGAUGGAAUCUGGGAGAAGGGGAUGGAAUUUGGGAGAAGGAGAUGGAAUAUGGGAGAAGGGGAUGGAAUCUGGGAGAAGGGGGUGGAAUCGGGGAGAAGGGGAUGGAAUAUGGGAGAAGGGGAUGGAAUCUGGGAGAAGGGGAUGGAAUCUGGGAGAAGGGGAUGGAAUCAGGGAGAAGGGGAUGGAAUCUGGGAGAAGGGGAUGGAAUCUGGGAGAAGGGGAUGGAAUCGGGGAGAAGGGGAUGGAAUCUGGGAGAAAGGGAUGGAAUAUGGGAGAAGGGGAUGGAAUAUGGGAGAAGGGGAUGGAAUCUGGGAGAAGGGGAUGGAAUCUGGGAGAAGGGGGUGAUGAAAUCAGGGAGAAGGGGAUGGAAUCUGGGAGAAGGGGAUGGAAUCUGGAAGAAGGGGAUGGAAUCUGGGAAAAGGGGAUGGAAUCAGGGAGAAGGGGAUGGAAUCUGGGAGAAGGGGAUGGAAUCUGGGAGAAGGGGAUGGAAUCUGGGAGAAGAGGUGGAAUCAGGGAGAAGGGGAUGGAAUCUGGGAGAAGGGGGUGUUAUCUGGGAGAAGGGGGUGGAAUCUGGGAGAAGGGGAUGGAAUCUGGGAGAAGGGGAUGGAAUCUGGGAGAAGGGGAUGAAAUCUGGGAGAAGGGGAUGGAAUCUGGGAAAAGGGGAUGGAAUCUGGGAGAAGGGGAUGGAAUCUGGGAGAAGGGGAUGGAAUCUGGGAGAAGGGGAUGAAAUCUGGGAGAAGGGGAUGGAAUCUGGGAGAAGGGGAUGGAAUCUGGGAGAAGGGGAUGGAAUCUGGGAGAAGGGGAUGGAAUCUGGGAGAAGGGGAUGGAAUCUGGGAGAAGGGGAUGGAAUCUGGGAGAAGGGAUGGAAUCUGGGAGAAGGGGAUGGAAUCUGGGAGAAGGGGAUGGAAUCAGGGAGAAGGGGAUGGAAUCUGGGAGAAGGGGGUGGAAUCUGGGAGAAGGGGGUGGAUUCUAGGAGAAGGGGAUGGAAUCUGGGAGAAGGGGAUGGAAUCUGGGAGAAGGGGAUGGAAUCUGGGAGAAGGGGAUGGAAUCGGGGAGAAGGGGAUGGAAUCUGGGAGAAGGGGAUGGAAUCUGGGAGAAGGGGGUGGAAUCAAGGAGAAGGGGAUGAAAUCUAG